GAAUUAGCUCUUUAUGGAUAAAUUGAAAUUGUUAUUUAGUCAGCUUACGUCUCUACUCCCAUCACCUAAUUUUUCUGAUCUGGAUCCCUGUAUUCGACUUCGUGGCGGAAUUGAAGCAUAUGUACAGAAGUCUGAUGACGAAAGUUUGUUCUCUGAUCUAAAUGGCGCAGAAGUUCAUGAGGCGUUUUAUUUGUGCUGUCUCAAUUUUCUGUACUCUUGCAAUGAAUUAUUUGAAAGCAAUACAACCAAUAAUAGCGCUGACAUUCCUGUUUUCAGUGUGUUUCAAGAAAAACAGUUGUCCACUUGUCUUCAGUUUGUUGUCGCGUUUGGCAUUUAUCCGCUCUUAGAACCCGGAGUUUCUUUGCCCUUAAGUAUGCGGAUAGAUAAUAUUGAGAAUUUCAUCUGUCCUCGGAAGGAAAGGGAUGGAGAAAGAAUUGAAAAACUGAUGAAGAUUAUCAAGUGUCUAAUUUGCUUGAGAGAGUCUAAAUCUUUCCAGUUACAACGAUUAGUCGGCACCACUUCAUUUUUGGGUGAUUUAAUUGCAAGCUUGUUUCAGUCUGCUUUUGGGAUGGAUUCAUAUUUGCGCAGUAACAAUUUCACUUCUGAGAGGGUUUCUUCGCUCAUGAUAUACAUCCGUGAAUCUCGAAGAAUCCUUUGGAAACUGCUACUUGAGCUACCACGUCAUAUAGCAAUGAAAGAACUGAUGAUUCUUCAAGGUGGUACAUGUACUCGUGUUAAGGGAGCUGUUCAGUUACCAAAAGCACCAGUCUGGUUGCGCAAAUCCUGCGGUCGUUUACUAUCCCGUUUGUUGGUCCAUCCAGUUAUAAAUAAUCUGAAUGUUGAAAAAUCUGAAAAUGCCCAAAAUUUAGGUGUUAAAAGCUUCCUACUAGCUUCUCUGUCUCUUUGUCCUGGGAUAUUACCUUCUGAUGGUCCAAUCACUUCAAUUGAUCCACGUAUUCAACCAAAAAUGAUUUCAACAUUGGCGAAUAUUUUAACGACAGUUCCCGAAUUCGCUAAAAAUUCCUCGGAUGAUUUUGCUAUUGAAUCGGGUCGUGAAAAGUAUUUUUCAUUGAUUUCUGCUCAGCUGUUGGAAAUAAUUAAUACAAAGGAUAAUAUUUUGUCAAAUAAUGAGACGAAUUCAUCAGCUAUUGCUCGUUUCUUUUAUAAUGUUUCCAUAAGAGCAGUACAUGAUUUAUGUCAGAAAUCUUCUAAAAUUGAUGAUAAUGAUGCUAACAUUGGUAAAAGAUUAUUACUUUGGCCAUUGAUUGGAUUAUUGAGAGAAUUUUGUCAAAUAUCUUUUGCUGUCUCAGAAAAGGAUUCCAUAAACACUGAUUCGUUGGCAUUAGAUUUUACCACAAAACGUCAACUUGCUUCACAUCAUGAUCUAACUCGUCUAUUAGAAAUUAUAAAAGAUCUAUUGGAUUGUCCUGAGCCAUCUCGAAUUGUUAUAGAAGAGUUAUGUAAAUUGUCUAGACCAUUAUUUCUAUUGUUUACACAAACAAUGGAAGAUGAAGAUGGCAUUGCUGAUCCGGAAAGCUUCACUUCCUUCAAAGAAUGCUUAAUCUGGAUUCUUACUCGUCUAAUAUCUUCUGAUUUAAAUUCCCGUCUUAGUCGUUUAUCACUAAUACGUAGUUGGUUUAAUCUACCCACUCCAUCCUUGAGAUUUAUGCCAUUAGAACUCCAGCAUGAAGCGUCAGUGAUGAGUAAUACAUCUGAUUGGCUUACAGCUUAUUUAUGUCAAGAAAAUCUAAUAUUUAGAUUGUUACCUAAAGUUCAACCUGUCGAAUCUUCAUCAACAUCUCUAAAUGAAAAUACUAUGAGUAACCAUAAUUCAGUUCAUGUACCAUAUACUUGUGUCAUAAUAAAUGAGAAAAUACAUACUGUUAACGGAAUACAGAAUUUAUCUUCCAGUAUCAAAAGUCUUGUCACAUUACUAUUUCGUAUGAGUCCAUCUUCAUUUCAAAAUAAUCCUUCUAAAGAAGAAGUUGGACGUCAUUUGCAUAUUCUGAUAGAUGAAAAACAAAGUGAAGAAAACCGAAUUAACGAGAUCACUAUCCAUGCGGAUCUCUUUCUUAGUUUAUUGACAGAUAUGCAUUCCACUUUCCAAGAUAUUUCUAAAUCAAUGAAUAAAUUUACUAUACUAGAGGAUGAAAAAGAUGUCAUUGAACUUGGGACUGUUUCUUCUUUAAUUUCAUCUGCUAUGAUUGAAAGUUUAGAUGAUUUAAUUUGGCCUCAAGAUGUGAAUCAAGCUUGUAAUCUGUUUGAGGCAUUGUUCCAUCAUUUCAGUUGUUUACUUCAACAUACUGAAAAUCAUGAUCAUGUGGAGUUUUUAUAUCAAAUGUUAAAUCAGUUGUUAGGAAUAUUAGCCUUUUACACCAAUAAACUUGGGUCCCCUGGAGAUAGUGAAAAAAUAAAUGCUCGAAAUGAAUUCAAUUCUUUAUUGCCAAUUUUAAGUAACUUGGAACAUGUUAUCGAUUCUAUGUCACACUCAAUGAGUGAUCCAACUUUAAAUCUUUUACGAUGUAUUAAAGUUACAUUAGCCACACGUGGAGCUAUUCCUUGUCAUGAUUCUUCUUUGAAUAAUUUGUAUUCGACCGGGUGUAAUUCUGACGAAGUAGAAACUGAAACCCAUCCGUCAAAAUAUCCCCGGAAGAUUGUCGAAGAACUUACUGCCUCAUGCCCCCAAGAUGUGCAGCAAUCUGCUUGCAGUCAGCUAAAUGAUCCAACUUUGAAAACGAUUUUCGAAGAGUUACAUGAUCCUUUAAUUCCUGUGCAAGGUCAUGCAUUAAUUAUGCUUGGUCGAUUAUUGGAAUCCAAGGAUCCAUGUAUUUUAGGCAAUGAACAACUGAUAUUCAAAGUUUUAGCUAAGCAUUUAGCACAUACAGAUAGUUAUAUCUAUUUGAAUGCGAUUCGGUGUCUAUCAGCUAUGGGAUGCAUGUUAACGGAUGAAGUUUUAAAUUUACUGUUAAAUCAAUUCUCCAAGAGCAUUCAAACUACUAAAGAACCAGCCAAUUCCAUUGGUACCACUGUCAUUAAUACUACUGGCGAUUAUGAUAUUGAAUAUAACUUGAAAUUAGCCGAAUCCAUAAUGCGUGUGUUAUCAAAUCUAGGUGAAAUAGCGCCAAAGUAUCGAACAGAGGUAUUUAACUCAUUUGUCCUGGGAUGCAAAGCACCUGAAGAGUUAAUACGAGCAGCUUGUCUUUCAAAUAUUGCAGAACUUGUCCGGUUGUUGAAGUAUGCUAUCCAACCGAUCGUUUAUGAGGUUUUCUCGUUAAUUGAAUUUCAUCUAUCGCGAGAUGUAUCAAAUUUGGUUCGUAAAGCUUCGGCAUAUUUAGCACGUUCCUUAUUCCUAUCAGAAACAAGUAUUAGCGGUUUACCUUCAUGGAUUCCAGCUGAUUUGCUUCGUGAUCUUAAUAGGUUAUUGUCAACGCGCCGAAUUAUUGAAAAGGACCCAUCUGUACAAGAACAAAUUGAAUCAGCUCUGGCUCAGUUGGAUCUGUGUACACGAGAAGCUGUGUUUUUGAAGCCUGAUAGUCCAUCAAAUCUUAUAAAAAAAAUACAUAUUUUAAACCAGUAAAGUUUUCCACCAUCAAA